AUGACACAACGUAUAACGGUGGCGACGGUCAAGUGUGGUGGACGAAUGUUGGGCGAUGGUGAAGAAGAUACGGGCCAUAUUACCGAUAAUGGUCAAAAUGAGGAUACAACAUGGCGUGGCUGUUGUAUGGAUGAAAUUUAUAGAAAUCUAGAUCCAUUCGAAUUGGAACAUGUGGCUCCGGUUAAACCGUCUGACAUACAUACGGUGCUACACCACUUUCCCAUACGGGACGAUGACAAAACGCCACCAAGGCCUCUGAAAAGCCACCCGAAGUGGGAUGCCUUCCAUGUAAGACUGCCGUGUUCGAAUAAAUCACAAUAUCCAGUUGUGGCCGAAGAUGGCACAUCAUCCAUAGAGAAUCGCUGGGAAAUGAUUGAGAAGGCAUUGUUAAGACCCAUUGAAAAUUCGCGGGAUUUGGAAUCGGCCAUAUUGUCGUACAAUACAAAAUACGAAGGACAUUGGACAUUUCGCGCUUUACACAAACUCUUCGAAGAAGAAUUGGAUGAGGAUGAGUCAAAGGUUUUCUUUGAGGAUCUGCUGCCGCGUGUCAUACGCUUGGCGCUUCGACUGCCGGAAUUGGUGCAGGCACCAAUACCUUUGCUUAAACAGGGGAAAUGUCAUGCGAUAACAUUGACACAGGAACAAAUAUCAUGUCUACUGGCAAAUGCAUUUCUCUGCACAUAUCCACGUCGCAAUACGCUAAAGAAGAAAUCCGAAUACAGUACCUUUCCAGAUAUUAACUUUAAUCGAUUGUUUCAAUCGUCUGGAUCUGCAGUACUGGAGAAAAUCAAAUGUAUUUGUCAUUAUUUUCGUCGGGUGUGUCCCACAGAGAAUGAUCGCUCCAAUGUGCCUACGGGAUGUGUUACAUUUGAACGGCGUAUUAUACCGCUAAGCGAACUGCCAAAUUGGUCAGCCUCUGGCAAGCCAUUGGGUGUGACACCCUUGCACAUCAAUUCGGCUGGCACGAUAGAAGACCAGGGUGUUGGUUUGUUGCAAGUCGACUUUGCCAAUAAAUUUCUGGGUGGUGGUGUUUUGGGCGGCGGAUGUGUCCAGGAGGAAAUACGUUUUGUUAUUUGUCCAGAGUUGAUUGUAUCGAAACUUUUUACUGAAUGUCUGAGACCCUCUGAAGCAUUGGUAAUGGUGGGCUGUGAACGUUAUAGCAAUUACAGUGGCUAUGCCAACACAUUUCAAUGGGAUGGAAAUCAUGAGGACAUGACACCACGUGACUCAUCGAGGCGACGCAUGUGUCAUAUUGUGGCCAUUGAUGCGCUACUUUUUCAUCAGUCGUCGCAUCAAUAUCGCGAGGAGUUAAUGCUGCGCGAAUUGAAUAAAGCCUAUGUGGGAUUUUUCCAUCCUCUAAGUACCACAGCACCGGGUGUUGCGUCUGGAAAUUGGGGUUGUGGAGCAUUUGGUGGUGAUGCAAAUCUUAAAGCCCUAUUACAACUUAUGGCCUGUACGGUGACUAGCCGUCCAUUAGUAUAUUUUACCUUUGGCAAUGAAGAGUUGCGUGAUCAAGUUCACAAGAUGCAUACAUAUUUCAUAGAAAAUAAUAUUCUUGUCAAGGAGCUAUGGGCGGUAUUGAAAAAAUUCUAUGCCAGUAAAUUAUCCGGAACGGAAUUGUAUAAAUUUAUAUACUGUGAAUUGGAUAAAUUAAAGCGUAGUCAGCAGGAAAAACCAAACAAUGCAACCGAAACCCCCCCGAAUAAUGUUCCAACAGCAAUGUCAAAGGUUGAAACCAAGGAACCCAAAACAUUAUCGCCUAGUAAAUCCCUUUCCCCAAAGCCAAGCACGUCCUUGAAUGCAAAACGUAGCUUAGAGGAAAGUCUGGAUGUAUUCGCUUCGACAUCCUCCGAAGCUGAGAAUAACUCAAAUAUAACACCGCCGCCAAAGGUAACGGCUAUCGAUCUAAGUAUAUCGGAUGAUAGUGAUACCGAUCAAAUGCUAGUGGCUGCCACCGAUAGAGCCUGUGAAACCUUGACGCCAAGUAAAAACAAACAAGAAAAACAAUCACCAGCAGCAGCAACAGCUAAACAAGGAUCGCCCGGUAUAUCGAAGCCAAGACAACGUACACUUUUGGAAAUGUUGGACCAGACAUAUAACCACAUUACCGGGCCGGCAACAAAACGUUAUUGUGUUAAUAAAUCACCUCAAAAGCCGUAA